UCAAUAUUUGCCAAUUAAAAUAGAAAAGGCAGCUUCUCUGCGCUAUUUACAUCAAGAAAAUAGUGUUCCAUGCACUGACGUGCUCCCUCUUGAAGGUCAGCAAUAAGAAAAGGCAGUUUAACGAUACAUGUCUAAUUGCUGCUUAUUGAAAAUACUUCAGCGAAUACAUCGGUUGGCUAUCAACACCCAUAUUCGGAAUUGUUCAAACUGAAAACGUAACUCGUGGACAUGCAUUUUGUGUGAGAUUCUUGGUACAGCGCCGAGGCUUUGUCGAACCUUUCCUAAGAUCGUAAUGGCAAACGAGAGCCCCUACGACAACCGGAAUAUAGUGGAAAAAUACAUCUACCACAAACUGUUAAAAAAGGGGUACGUGUGGGAAUUCCACGCGGCCAGAGAAAGCGAUUCCCCGAAUAAUGGAUUAAUGGACAUCUCCCCCUCCGACUCUCAAGUUUUGACACGGCGACCCCAGGCAGGCACGGCGGGAGAGGACGCUUCUCCCUACCCCGGCCGAACCGCGCAGCCGGACCCGCACGCUGCCCUCCACCGCGUUUUGCGCGAGGCGGGGGACGAAAUCGAAAGGAUGUACCAACGGGACUUCGCAGAAAUGUCGAACCAGUUGCAUUUCACGCCCAGCACGGCGCAGCGCAGGUUCACUGCGGUCAUAGAGGAGCUCUUCAGCGACGGCGUGAACUGGGGUCGGAUCGUGGCGUUUUUCGAGUUCGGGGGUACCAUGUGCGUGGAGAGCGUGAACCGCGAGAUGACGUCCCAGGUCGACAACAUUGCACACUGGAUGACAGACUAUCUAAACGGGCCGCUGCAGAACUGGAUCCAGGAGAAUGGUGGCUGGGUAUGUCUUCCUUGUCAUUUCGCAUUGUCGCUUUCGUCACGUUAUGCAGAGUGCCAGCAUACAGUGAAGUAUUGUUGUCUCUGCCAGGCGAGCGCAGUAUGGGAAGUCAUUAAAGUCAAUGACAUCAGAGCUCAGAAUUCCCCCAUUUAAAGGUCAGGUGCUUUGCCUAGUAUUUUCCACCAAUGGC